AUGGAAGAAAUUCUUCAUGAAGGCCGGUUCGCCGGUCUCAUCAUGCAUCCUUCAUCCCUUCCGAAUCGAAAUGGACUCCCAGGAGACUUCGGGAAGAGCGCCUAUGACUUUGUGGACUAUCUUGUUGCCGCAAAGCUAAACUAUUGGCAAGUGCUGCCUUUGGGACCGUGCCGGUACAGUGGGGAGCAGCCCGGUUGCCCGUAUUUAGCCACCAGUACCUUUGCAAUGAACCCACUGUUCGUGGCUGUGGAAGCCCUGGUUGAGGAGAGCCUCAUCUCCGAGGAAGAGGUGGCGCGGUUUCUGAAAGAUUCAGAGAGUGAGGAAAAGGGUGAAUCACCAACGAAAGGCUCUCGACAUGUGGAUUAUACUCGAGCAAUGAAGUUCAAAGAGGAUGUUUUGGCACUGUGCUACGAGAGAUUUAAGGACAAAAAAGAAUCCGAUGAUUAUAAAGAUUUCUGUGCAAAAAAUCACUUCUGGCUCCAGGGAUACGCUUGCUUUGAGGCGCUGCAAGCGAGGUUCCCUGAUGCCGCAAGCUGGUUGGACUGGCCCCAAGAGUACAGGAACUACCGUUUACUACGAAAAGAUUCGGCGCUGAUGGAAGCGUUAAACUCAGCAGCCAUUACCAAUGGCAAGACUAUCCCUCAGACGACACCUGAAUUCCACAAAUUUGUGCAGUAUAAAGUUUGCACGAACUGGAAGGACUUGCGUCAAUAUGCGAAUGAGAGAGAUAUCAAAAUAUUUGGAGAUGUCGCUUUCUAUGUCAACUUGCAUAGCAGCGAUGUGUGGAGCUACCCUGAAAUGUUUCAGAUGAAUCCAGAAACCAGUGAACCUCUUUACGUGUCAGGUGUACCUCCAGAUCCUUUCUGCGCAGAUGGACAACUUUGGGGUCAUCCUGUUUAUGACUGGAAGGCCCACGAAAAAACACAGUUCCGCUGGUGGACGAAGCGUAUCAGGCUUACAUUUGAAAAAGUUGACGCUUUGCGGUUGGACCACUUCAGAGGUUUCGUGGCAUACUGGCGAGUGCCCUAUGCGCACGCAAUUAAAUACAGAACAGCCAGCGAAGGAGAAUGGGUUGAAGGACCUGGAGAAAAAUUGUUUGACGCAUUAUACAAAAACAUGGGGUGGCUGCUUCCGAAAAAGGCCCUGCCGUCCCAGUUACCGAAGGAUAAGCAUGGCCACAGCUCGUUGAUGAAAAAACUCCGUCACUUGUGGGGGGUUGGGGGGCACCAAGCACAACAAGUUCCUCCUCCUGAGUCUCACAUUGAUGCCGAUAUGUAUGAGCCCCGGUUAACAUACAGAGGCACAGCGCCUAUGAUUGUCGCGGAGGAUUUAGGCUUCAUCACCGAGGAAAUUGUCAUCCUCCGAGACAAGUUCAACAUUCUCAGCAUGAGGGUGAUGCAAUUCGCAUGGGGCGAUACCGAUAAAGGGCCCAAUUGCGAACACCUGCCCUACAAUGUAACCCGCAACUGCUGUGUCCACACCGGCACCCAUGACAACGACACGUUGGUGGGCUGGUGGAGAACAGCAUCGCCGGAACAGAAGAUUCAUCUGACAAAUUAUUUAGGACUUGACAAGGAGCCCACUCCGGAGGAGGCUCACUGGCACUUGGUUCGACUUGCUAUGGAAUCGGUGGCUCACCUGGUUGUGAUACCGGUGCAGGACGUCAUUGGGUACGGCAGUGAGGCACGAUUCAACCAGCCAGGAAGCGAUUCUCCGGCCAACUGGUCAUGGCAGCUAGAAAGUUUGGAUGAGCUCUACAACCCCCCCAUCUUCGACAGAUUUGUGAAGCUGUUAGAGACGUCUGGUCGAGUCAAGGCUCUCAACGAUUCUUUCCCCAAAUGA